CUAUAGAGAGAAAUAGAAGAAAUCAAAUGAAGUCUCUCUAUUCUAAGCUCAGUUCUCUACUGCCCCAUCAAAAUUCUAGGGUUCUUACUCCAUUUCUGUUUCGUUUUUAUACAUGAUACAUCACAUGCAUGAAAUUAGGCUCCAUUUCUGCACACACGAAGACACGUGUGAACGAUUUAUAUAGUAUCAAAGAAGAGGAAAGAAAAGUGUUGUUCAUUAUACUGUCCUAUGUCCAGUACUCAAGUCUCUACAUAGUAAGCUUUAUUUUUAUGUGGAUUUUGCAGGAAGCAGUACCUCUCCCAGAUCAACUUGGAGAAGCUGCGAAUUACAUUAAAAAUUUGCAGAUUAGUUUGGAGAAAAUCAAGCAGAAGAAGGAUUGCUUGACUGGCGUGGGAAAGUGCAGUAGUUCAACAAUGGGAAGGCUGAAAUUACCAAACAUUGAGAUUCAUGUAAUAGGUUUAGCUGUGGAGGUUGCUUUGAUAACUGGAUUGGAUUGUCAAUUCAUGUUCAGUGAAAUUGUUCGUAUGUUUCAUGAAGAAGGCGCUGAGGUCCUCAGAGCCAGUUUUUCUAUCCAAGGUGAAACCGUUUUCCACACAAUACAUUCAAAGCUUGGAGAGACAUCUGCACCAGAAGACGAAGCUUCAAGGAUAACGGAGAAGCUAAAGAAAAUUGUGUACAGCAGUGUUAGUUAAUAUCUAUUUUAAGCUUAAUUUCGUGAAAGAUCAAGGCCUCAAUUUCAUAAGAAUCGAUCCAAGCACAUCAAAUGAGUAUUUAAUUAACUCAUUCAAUUUCUGAAUUUCUUCACCGUGAUGAUUUGAGUUAAUUCGCUUACUCUUAUAAAUCGUUUGAUCGGUCUGCAUUUCAUGAA